AUGCCGUCGUACAAUGUCCAACGACCGACGGCGGCGUCUGGAGGAGGAUCUCGGCGAAACUCAAGCCCUGACUCAUUAAUCUUCACACCGGAAUCUAAUCUCAGCCUCUUUUCUUCCGCCUCCGUAAGCGUCGAUCGCUGCUCUUCUACCUCCGACGCUCACGACCGUGACUAUUCUCUCGUCUCCGCUCCUUCCCUGGAGCGUGAUCAACGGGUAAGUUCGAGCUGUAGAGAUGUAGAUCCAGACAAGCGUGGAACAGAGUGGAAGCACAGUCGCAACUCUAGAAAAGCAAAUAAAGUCAAAGCAGCUUGGAAAGAGGAGAUUGAGGUAAACAAUAAGGAAGAUGAAAACCAAAACUUGGAUUCAGCUAGGAGUUCUUUCUCUGUAGCACUUAGAGAAUGUCAGGAAAGAAAAUCCAGAUCUGAAACUCUGGCGAAAAAGAUAGACUACCAAAGGAAUGUUUCGUUGGAUCUCAGUAAUAAUGUUACCUCUUUGUCUCCGCGAGUGGUAAACGCUAAGAGAACUUCAGUAUCAACUAAUAAAUCUAGUGUGUUUCCUAGUCCUGGAACUCCAACUUAUCUGCAUGGUAUGCAAAAGGGUUGGAGCUCCGAGCGAGUACCUUUACGUUCAAACGGAGGGAGAAGCCCGCCAAAUGCUGGUUUUUUACCUUUGUAUAGCGGUAGAACAGUUCCUUCGAAGUGGGAAGAUGCAGAGAGAUGGAUACUUAGUCCUCUUGCUAGGGAAGGAGCUCCUCGAACUUCAUUUGCUGCAACACAUGAAAGGCGGCCUAAGUCAAAGAGUGGUCCAUUAGGUCCACCAGGACUUGCGUAUUAUUCCUUGUAUUCUCCAGCUGUUCCUAUGGUUCAUGGUGGGAACAUGAGCUGCUUAACAUCAACCUCUCCAUUUUCAGCUGGUGUGUUGCCAGAAAACGUUGGUUCUAGGGGUUCAACUGCAGCAGCAUUUCCUCAAAGAACCGAUCCUUGUAUGGCUAGAUCAGUAAGCAUUCAUGGCUGCUCUGAGACUCUACCCUCGUUGUUGUCUUCCCACGAUGAAAUCCAUGACAGCAUUAAGGAUCCUGCUACUGAUGCUCGAGCUGCCUCAAGAAGGGAUAUGGCGACUCAGAUGAGCCCUGAGGGAAGCAUCCGAUUAUCGCCUGAGAGGCAGUGUUCGUACUCUCCCUCCUCUCCAUCAGCACUACCUAUUGUGGAACUACUAAAUGCUCAUUCCAACCGAGCAGAAGUCAAGGACUUACAGGUUGAUGAGAAGGUAACUGUAACUCGUUGGUCAAAGAGGCACAGAGCUCUAUACCAUGGAGAUAGCUCACAAAUGAGAGACCACUUACAUGGAAAAGAUAGGGAUCCUCAAGGUUUGACAUGGGCGAAGACCGAGGAAGCAAGAAUCAUGUCUUGGGAAAAUUUGCAGAAAGCUAAGGCCGAGGCAAAAAUAAGAAAGCUAGAGAUGAAGUUGGAAAAGAAAAGAUCAUCGUCAAUGGAAAAAAUAAUGCGAAAAGUGAAAUCAGCAGAGAAGAGAGCAGAGGAGAUGAGGAGGUCGGUGUUAGACAAUCAAGUUCCAAGCGCAUCACGUCGAAAAGCAAUAUCAUUCAGAAGAAGUGGAAAGGCGAAGAUAGCUUCCCUUAGCGGUUGCUUCACUUGCCAUGCUUUCUAG